GCGUGUGUGUUUGCAUAGCCAUCGAGGAUAGAGCUGUACUGCUGUAGGCUGUAGCCCAAAAGCCUAUAAACUGGUGGUCGCGUAUAGUGUUUGUAAUUAAGUUCACAUCACUCAUUGUUUCAAUAAUAUCCAAGCUUUUAAUUGCACAACGGGUAUAAUGGAGUCAAGAAUUUCUGGCAAGGCCAAUUAAACCCCACCAGUACACUGCUCUGUUUCUCUUUAAUGCUGCUUCGAGCUUAUUUGGACAAUCUUACAGGGGACACCAUCAAGUAAGCGUCUUGGUCUUCUAAGCUCAGAAUGGGGAAGGCUUGGAUGAUCCUGGCUUUUGAUCUCCUCCUCCUUCUCCACCUUAACCUUCAUCUCGAUGCAGCAAGAGCAGCCUUUGGCGUCGGCGGCGGCAUUGGCGUUGGUGUAGGUGUUGGUGGCGGCGGCGGCGGGGGAGUAGUUUGGGUCGGCGGUGGCGGGAAUGGCGGUUCUCCGGGGUCUUCUCCAGUGCCGAAGCAGGACAAAGCUUACAUGGCUCUGCAGGCAUGGAAAGCCGCGAUAACGGAGGACCCAUUGAGGAUUCUGGAGAGUUGGAAUGGUUCUAACGUGUGUUCUUACAAAGGGGUGUUUUGUGCCAAUCCUGAGGAUGCAUCAGGUGGGCCUGUGGUCGCCGGAAUAGAUCUCAACCACGCGAAUCUCAGAGGAAGUCUUGUGAAAGAGCUCUCUUUGCUCACUGAAAUGUCUCUUCUUCACCUCAACAGCAAUAGAUUUACAGGUACAGUUCCUGAUACUUUCAGAGACCUCUCGGCUCUUGAAGAGUUAGACCUCAGCAACAACCAGCUCUCUGGUCCUUUCCCCACGGUGACCUUGUCAAUGCCCAGUCUGGUUUACUUGGACAUCCGAUUCAACUCUUUAUCUGGACCACUCCCUGAUGAUGUUUUCAACAAGAAUCUGGAUGCCAUUUUUCUCAACAACAAUCAAUUUGAAGGCGAAAUCCCCCAAAAUCUGGGCAAUUCACCUGCUUCGGUCAUAAAUUUAGCAAACAACAAGUUCAGUGGGGACAUCCCAGCGAGUUUUGGCUUCAUGGGUUCUAAGCUAAAGGAGAUUCUCUUCCUCAAUAACCAGUUAACAGGGUGCAUUCCUGAAGGGGUUGGGAUCUUCACACAGAUGCAAGUUCUGGAUGUGAGCUACAAUUCAUUAAUGGGUCAUUUGCCAGAUACAAUAUCUUGUUUGCAAGACAUUGAAGUUCUCAAUUUGGCGCACAACAAGCUUUCUGGAGAAGUAUCGGACGUGAUCUGCUCACUGAGGAACCUGUUGAAUCUAACGGUUGCUUAUAAUUUCUUUUCUGGGUUCAGCCAGGGAUGCUCAAGGCUUUCCGUUAGGAAUGUGGGUUUUGAUUUCUCAGAUAAUUGCAUUCCUGGGAGGGACAUGCAGAGACCUCAGCCAGAGUGUUCUGUGAUCCCAGGCGGUGGCUUGAAUUGUCUCAGAAUCCCAACUCCGAAGCUUGUUUGUGGUUCGCUUGGUGUAAGUCUGUCUAAGCGCGAUCAUCCAACUCCAUCUUCUUCUUCGCCUUGAUAUUUAUUUCACCACAUGGUUACAGGUUGGCCAUGGCAGUUCUGUUAAUUAAUGCUAGCAAUUAUGAUUCGACCUUGCUAAUUUAAUUCUUCGUGGAUCCGUUAUAUCUGUUAGCUAAUUUACUUGGCCUGCACGGAUAAAGAUAUGUCUCGAAAUAGAAGGAAACGGAUUUGCGAGACUUUUAAUAUAUAAUUGACCACCAUAUUAAUAAUAAUACUACUCUACUUGUGUGAUUGACAUGCAGGACAA